AUGCGCAUAUGCGCGCCUCCCGCCCUUGCGCCCUACAUGGGCGCGCGGUGGCGGAAAGCUCCCAAUACCCCGCAGUUCAGCACCGCCUUCGUCGUUCCCAUGCGGCCGAAACGCGUAACGCUGAGCUUCAGGCGCAACUGCCGUCGCCCGAUCUCCGCCAUCUUCCGCGCUCAGCGAGCGGGCGAGACGCGACCGGGAGCGCGGUCGUGGAUGGAGCGCAUGGCGAAGGCGGCGGAGGAGAUGGCGCGCGGCGCGGAGCGCGCGUCGAAGGAAAUGGCGAAGGUGGCCGCGGCGACGCUGGAGAACCACAGCAAGGCCAUCGAAGCGGCGUCGCCGCUGCUGUCGCAGAUCGUGGGGGGAAACGAGAAGGCGAGCAACUUCAUCGCGAAUCUCAUCGUUCCGCACGCCCCUGGAGCCUCCGCCAGCGGAUCUUCCGCCACCUCCCCGCGCUCAGCAGCUCCGCAGCAGUUGGCGGAAGACCACCUGCGCGAGGUGUCCGAUGACGUGGUAGCCCACGUCAGCAUCAAGCCUGCCAACGUGGCGCCGAUGACGUCAUCGUUCACAUCCCCGUCAUUGGGCGACGAUGAUUCCGCUGCUGCUGCUGCGGCUAACGCGGAUCCUACCUCGGUCCCACUGGAAAUGCGCAAGGCGGGCGCGCACGUGCUGGAGGGGCGGGAGGAGCGCGGCGCAAUGCGCGCGGAGCUGCAGGCGCUGGAGGCGCGCAUGGACGCGGCUUCCGCGGCGGUGGAGGCGGCAAAGAGCCGCCGGGGGGAGCUGCUCCAGGCGCACCCGGAGCUGCGGCAACGUGUGACCGACGUGGUUGAGGGGAAAGUCACUCCACGUGCCGUCACCGUCACCCCCACGGCUGUAGCGCCGUCCUCUCCGUCUAACGCGCCGUCUAAUGCGCCGGGCAACUCGGACGCGGAGGGAGAGGCGCAGGAGGAGUGGGAGGAGGCGGAGGAGGAGCAAGCGCAGGCGCAGGGGGGCGCGCACGGGGCCGCGCAGCAGGGGAUGGUGGCGGGGUCGGUGCAGGCGCUGCGGGCGGGGCGGCAUAGGCAGCGGGAGCGGCUGCAGCGACCGGGCGUUGAGAGGAGGCGACAGCACGCCGCUCAGGUGCGUCUGUCGGUGCUGCGCUCGCUGGCAGAGCGACACGGUGUGCUGGCGCAGAGCACAGUCGCGCAGGCGACAACUGGACAGGCAGUAACUGCACAGGAGAGCGAGCCAGUGCAGGUCGCAAGGGAGGAGCCGCAGCAGCAGCAGCAGCCUCAUCAGCCUGUGGUUGACACGGCAGCACUGUCGCCUGUGGAGCUGGAACUGGUCAAGGCGGAGGAGUCAUGGGACAAGUAUUUGGAGGCGGUUGCGUGGACCAAGGCUCGUCUGCACUCGCUGCGCUCGUCCGCGCCCUCCUCCUCCGCGGCGGCGCUGCUCAGCAUGGAGGCGCAGCUCGUGUCUUCCCUCGCGUUCGCGCAGCAGCGCGCGGACGAGGAGGCUGCGCGCGUGGCGCAGCUGUGCGCGCGCGUGGGCGCGGACGCGGGGGAGAGGCGGCGGAGCAGGGAGGAGGGGCUGCGGAGGGCCGCGGAGGCUGGGGCGAAGAUGGGGAAAGGCGCGGAGGGGGGGCCGGGAAACGGGGAGAGGGGGGAGCGGGAGGGAGAUGAGGGGAAGAGGGUGGUGAGUGGCGGCAGCAGUGGGGGGUCGUUGGCAGGGAUUGGCGACAUGAUGAGUAAGCUCGCCAACAUCCAGCACACGCUCGAGUCAAUGGCCGCCUCGCCACCCUCCCUCGCACUCAAGGCCGCUCUCCCCUCGCUCUCCCCCGUCUCCCCCUCCUCCGCUUCAGCCCCCUCCCUCUCCCCCAUCUCCUCCUCCUCCUCUUCCCCCUCCCUCUCCCCCUCCUCCUCCCCCUCCUCCGCCGUUGCCUCCCUCUCCUCCUCUUCUCACACUCUCUCUGCCUUUCUUGCUUCCCUCAAGUCCCCUCGCUCCUCCCGUUCCUCUCGCACCGCCACCUCUGCCCCUGCCCUCGCCACUGCAACCGGCACUGCUGUAGCAGCUGCACCUGUUCGUUCCACAGCAACAGUCACAGCAGAAGCAGCGGUGGGGACGGCAGCAACAGCAGCAGCAGCAGCAGCUGCGCCGUCUGCUUAUAGCACGAAAUUUGUAGGCAGGAGGGCGUCGGGUGGUGGGCGGCAUCGUUCGGCCGAGGAGCGGGAGAAUUACCUCAAGGUGUACGCGCGGGCUCUCUUCCCGUCGUACGUUGACACGUCAGCGUCGCCAGCUCAGCAGCAGCACGGAGUGGACGGAUUGGUCCAGGAGCUCGUCCUACAUGGCGCCAGUGAGGACUGGGCCCGAGGCUACAUCGCCGAAGCUCUGCUCCGGCCGAACGUGGCUGCACCCAAGCCUCUGGCUGUUGCCAUUGCAUCCGGGCCUCCCUCUCCCCGUGCUUCUGCUUCACACCACGAGUGUUCACAGCACGAGCUGCAGCAGUACGCACAGGCCAUCCGCAGUGCCUAUGUGGAUGCAUCCAUGAGUGCCUCUGAGCGCGAGGUCGGCACCAGCCUCUUUGUCGAGGAGCUGGUGGCGAUGGGCGGCAAGGAGGUGGAGCAGUGGGCGAGGUCCUUUGUGGCUCAAUCGCUGGCCACAGAAGUGCGCAAGCGCAAGGUCGUGCGCGCUUAG